AUGGAUGCCAACCUCGUUCAGGCUUAUCUGAGGAUGCUGACUGCCUUCAUCUCGGAGCCCCACCAGCUCAUGCCCGAAGGUGAAGGAAAGCCACUCAAGACCGAUGAGGACUCGAAGAAGUUGGUUCGAAUCUACACGGCCAUGUCUGCUAUCUGGUCCCUUGGAGCCAAUCUCCACGAGAAUUCGCGAAGCAAGUUUGUGGCCCGGAUUCGUCCUCGCCUGCAGCUGUUCUGCCCAGAGGUGCCGGACAGCGGCGACCUGUACAUGUUGGCAGUCAGCGAUGACGAUGCGCGCAUCCAUCCACUGGCGGACAUUGUUCCGAGCUUCAAUUUCAACCCACAGGAGCCUUUCUUCAACAUUCUGGUCAACACCCCCGAAACAGUGGGUCAACGGAUGCUGGUUCAGAACUUGAUGAUGGCGAACUUCAACGUGCUGUUCUCUGGCGAAACCGGUGUUGGCAAGUCGGUUGUCAUUCAGCAGUUCCUGAACACGGCCGGAGAGCUGUUUGCAACCGCAAGUGCGAACUUCAGUGCGCAAACCAGCACUGCCAAUGUUGUGGACCAAUUUGAGAACCGGCUUGAGCGCAAGCGCAAAACAUUGCUGGGAGCUCCUCCAGGCACCACCAUGAUCUUCUUCGUGGAUGAUGUCAACAUGCCGAUGCUUGAGUUCUAUGGCGCCCAACCGCCAAUUGAGCUGCUGCGGCAGGUGAUUGACUAUGGAGGCUUCUACGACAAGAAGAAGCUCUUUUGGAAGCAGGUGGCUGACACACAGUUCAUUUGUGCUUGCGGGCCCCCUGGUGGAGGUCGCAUGGCUGUGACGCCCAGAUUGUUCCGCCAUUUCAACAUGAUCUGGAUCCCGGCUUUGUCCCAAGAUGCUAUGCAGAGAAUCCUGUCCAGCAUCCUAGGUGGCUGGCUCGGCGUGAACAAGCCGGACCUGCAAGAGCUGUCCGUCCCGAUCAUCAAUGCGACAGUGAAGAUGUUCUUCCAGAUUUCGCGGGACUUGCUGCCAACACCGGUGAAGUGCCAUUACACCUUCAAUCUGCGGGAUCCUGCAAAGAUGGUCCAGGGCAUGCUCAUGGUGGAUGUGAAGACGUCACUGAAAAGCGACAAGGACCUCAUCGACCUGUUCUUGCACGAAAGCUGCCGCGUCUUCCGAGACCGCCUGAUUGAUGACGAUGACCGGGAAUGGUUCAACUCCAUGAUUGCAGACAAGCUAAACGCUGAAAUUGCCGGGGCUGCGAAGAUUGAUGAGUUCAGAGACCUCAUCUUCGGCGAUUUCAUAUCGCGUGGCGGAGAUGUAAACCCUUACCAGAAGGCUUCCAGUGAAGAGAAGUGCGUGAGCAUAUUCCAAGAGAUGCUGGAUGAUUACAACAACCUCAUGCCAACAAAGAUGAACAUCGUCUUCUUCCGUGAUGCUUGCAUGCACCUGGCUAGGGCAACAAGGACCAUCCGACAGCCUCGCGGGAACCUGCUCAUGGUUGGUGUGAGCGGCGUCGGACGGAAGUCCAUAGCGCGCAUAGCCGCUCACAUGGCGGACUUCCAGUGUUUCUCCAUUGAGAUUACCCGAACUUAUGGCUCCUCAGACUUCAAGGAGGACUUGAAAAACAUCAUGAACGGUGUCGCGAAAGGUGGAGGAAAGGGCGUUGUCUUCCUUUUCUCGGAUACACAGAUCGUCAAGGAGUCCUUCUUGGAAGACAUCAACAACAUCCUCAACACUGGCGAGGUACCAAAUCUCUUUGCGCCCGACGAAUUGGAGGGUGUGAUAGGCUUGAUGCGACCUUUGGCCAAGGCUGCAGGGCAGCCAGAAACGCGCGAUGCCAUCUGGCAGUACUUUGUGCAGGUGAUCCGCGAAAACUUGCACAUUGUCUUGGCGUUCUCGCCGAUCGGUGAAGGCUUCAGAGCCCGGUGCCGGCAGUUUCCAUCGAUCAUCAACUGUGCCACGAUCGACUGGUUCAGCCCAUGGCCUGCCGAUGCUCUGUACUCCGUCGCCGUGCGCUACUACUCACAAGCUCCGAAGGAGCUGGGUUUGGAGGCCCUCGUGGACCCGCUCUCCAGGGUCUCCCAGUACAUGCACAGCACCUCCAAAGAUGCCGCGGAGGACUUCUUCGAGAGCCUGCGAAGGAGGACGUACAUGACUCCAACCUCGUACUUGGAGCUCAUUGGCCUCUUCACCGACUUGGUGGGUAAGAAGCGCGGAGAGCUGACCACGAAGCUCGAGCGCUACACGAUCGGAUCCAAGACUCUCAAUGAGACGAAGUCCGUUGUCGAUGAUCUGAAGGCUUCGUUGGCCAAGAUGCAGCCAACGAUCGAGCAGGCAAAGAAAGACACGGCGGAACUCAUGGUGAAGGUGCAGGCAGACCAGGCGAUAGCAAAGGAGAAGAGCGAGGCGUGUGCCGUCGACGAGGCGGCUGCAUCGGAGGCUGCAGCAGAGGCGAAUGCCAUCAAGGCAGAUUGCCAGAAGGAUCUCGAUGAGGCGCUGCCAGAGUACUAUGCGGCAAUCAAAUCGCUUGAUUCCCUCGACAAGAAGGACAUUCAAGAGGUCAAGUCAUUUGCGAAGCCUCCGCCUCUUGUGGAGGUCGUCCUGAGUGCCGUGUGUCUUUUGAUGGGCCAGAAGGAGAGCUGGGAUGACGCCAAGAAGCUCAUGAACGACACGAAGUUCCUAGACAACUUGAAGACCUAUGACAAGGAUGCCCUGGCCAACAAUGCCAAGUUGACACAAAAGUUGCAGAAGUACAUCAAGAGGGAUGACUUUGUGGCUGAGAAGGUGAAGAGCGUGUCUUCUGCGGCCAUGUCUCUCUGCAUGUGGGUGCGGGCGAUGGAUGUCUACGGCCGGGUCUCCCGAGAAAUCGAGCCGAAGAAGGCCAAGCUCAAAGUCGCCGAGGACUCUUUGGCAGCUGCUGAAGAGAAGCUGUCCAUCAAGAAGGCCGAGCUGAAGCUCGUCAUGGACAACGUGGCCGCCUUGGAGGCGCAGCUUGCGGCUGCGCAGCGCAAGGCUGCCCAGCUCGAGGCCGAUGCAGAGGAUUGCGUGAUUAAGCUCGACCGCGCGGAGAAGCUGCUGGCUGGCCUGGGGAAUGAGAGCGUCCGGUGGAACGCUGCAAGUGAAGUGCUGGAGAAGAAUCUCAAGUUCGUCAUUGGCAACAUCGUCCUUGCAGGUGGCUUCAUUGCAUACACCGGGCCGUUCACGGCCGAGUUUCGCCGCAGCUUGGUGGCCAAGUGGAAGCAGCAAGCAGACGGGGUGGGUCUCCUCUGCGAUCCCAACUGGAAGGCCGCAGACGUCCUCGUUGAUCCCGCGGAGGUUCGCAUGUGGAACAUCCAGACUCUCCCCUCGGAUGACCUCUCGGUGGAGAAUGGCCUUAUGGUAACACGUGGAAGGCGAUGGCCGCUGAUGGUGGACCCUCAGGGCCAAGCGAAUCGUUGGGUUCGAAACAUGGGCAAGGACAACAACAUCGUCAUCACAAAGCUUUCCGAUGGCACGUAUCUUCGCAAAUUGGAGUCGUGCAUCCGUAACGGUCACUCCAUCCUCAUCGAGAACGUGGAAGAGGUUUUAGACCCUGCGCUCGAGCCGGUGCUUACGAAAGCGCUGUUCAAGCGAGGAGGGCAGUUGCUGCUUCGCUUGGGCACCGAAGAUGUGCCAUACGACGAGAACUUCCGCUUCUAUGUCACCACGAAAAUGGCCAAUCCUCACUACCUGCCAGAAGUUUGCAUCAAGGUCACCGUAAUCAACUUCACGGUGACUCUUCUUGGCUUGGAGGAGCAGCUGGUGGCGGAAGUCGUCGGCAACGAGCGGCCAGACUUGGCGCAGCAACGCCAAGAGCUCGUUGUACAAAUUGCAGCUGACAAGAAGACCCAGGACGACCUCGAGCAGCUCAUCCUGAAGCUUCUGGCCGAGGCAGGCGGCGACGUUCUGAAGGAUGACACCCUCAUCCACACCUUGGAUCAGUCGAAGCAAACAGGCUUGGAGUGCCAGGAGCGCAUGCAAGUGGCUGACAAGGCCAUGGUGGAGAUUGAUGCCGUCCGUGAGAAACUCAGACCAGUUGCGACGAGGGCAUCGAUUCUGUACUUUGUGAUCGCCGAUCUUGCAGACAUCGACCCCAUGUACCAGUAUAGCCUGGAGUUCUUCGUUGUUCUUUUCCAAGGCAGAUUGCGUGACGCAGAGCAAUCCGAGGACAUCAACAAACGCAUUGACAUCCUCGUGGACGACUUUACAAAGUUCAUUUUCUUAAACAUCUGCCGUGGCCUCUUCGAGGAUCACAAGUUGCUUUUCUCCUUCCUCAUUACAGUUCAGAUCCUCAGAAACGAGGUGCACUCAAAGUUCCUCAACAAGACGACCAUCAAGCCGACCGAAUGGCUCUUCUUCCUGCGCAAUGCGGAAGCAGGAAAAGGCAUUCUGGAAGACGGCGAGGUCAGCGUGGCAUGCCCCGCCUGGGUGGACAAGACUGCCUGGGUCAAGUUGGACGUGCUGGAGCGGCUGACAGCCCACAACGGCGAGAUGCAGUUUGUGGGCUUGAAGGAUGCAAUGGCCAAGGAUAGCAACUGGGAGGCCUUCUGUCGGAGUGAUGAUAUGUACCAGCGGCCUUUGCCGAAGCCCUGGGACACAAAGCUCACUGCCUUCCAGCAAGCAUUGGUCAUCAAAUGUAUGCGAGAGAACUUCCUGAACUUUGUUGCUCGCAAUGUUGUUGCCCGGGAGCUUGGCCAGCUCUUCAUCGAGUCGCCACCUUUCAACCUGGGCAGUUGCUACGCCGAUUCAGUGGCAACGAUGCCUUUGAUCUUUGUGCUCUCUGCCGGUGCUGACCCUACCGAGUACUUGCUGACCUUGGCUGCUGAGAAAGGCUACACGGAAAGGUUGCACUUCAUCUCCCUGGGGCAGGGGCAGGGACCCAAAGCGGAAGCUCUGAUCAAGCUCGGCUGGGACACAGGGGACUGGGUCUGCCUGCAGAACUGCCACCUCGCGGACAGCUGGAUGCCAAGGCUUGAAGCCAUCCAGGAGUCGCAAGUGGCGGACAAGAUCAAUCCUGACUACCGGCUCUGGUUGACAAGCAUGCCCUCUCCCAAGUUCCCUGUUCCGGUCUUGCAAAGUGGCAUCAAGAUCACCAACGAGCCUCCAAAGGGCUUGCGAGCCAACUUGGGUCGGACCUUCCAAGACAUUGGCGAGGAUGUCUUUGAGAGCUGCCCCUCCAAACCGACGGAGUUCAAGAAGCUUCUGUUCGGCCUUGCUUUCUUCCACGCGGUCAUCCUUGAACGUCGAAAGUUUGGACCCAUUGGCUGGAAUAUUCCCUAUGAGUGGAUGGACUCGGACUUUCAGGUUUCUCGGGAACAAGUUCGCAUGUACCUUGUUUCUCAGCCGGAUGUUCCAUGGAUCACUUUGAGGUAUAUCAUUGCGGAGGUGAACUAUGGAGGGCGAGUAACUGACGACAAGGACGUCCGACUGAUCUCCGCAGUGCUGAAGGGCUACUUCAGCGAGCGGAUUCUUGAGAAAGGGUUCAAGUUCGCCAACCUUGAAGCAUACUGGAUUCCUGAUGAGGGAAGCUUGCAGGAGACGCGAGACUAUCUGAAGUCACUGCCCAUGGAUGAGGAUCCCCGCAUUUUCGGGCUUCACCCCAACGCACUCAUCACAGCGCAGUUCAACCAAGCCAAGAAGUUCCUGGACACCGUUGUCAGCGUCCAGCCACGGAUCUCCUCGGGUGGUGGUGGUAAAAAGCCAGAGGAGAUCGUUUCAGACAUGGCGCAGGAGUUCUUGCAAAAGAUACCGGACGCGGUGAAAAGCAAGAUGGCGCAUCCUGACACCUACAAGAAGACCCCUCAAGGUGGCAUCGUUUCCGUGGGCGUCUUCCAUAGCCAGGAGUACGCACGCAUCGAGACGCUCAUUAAGGUGGUGAAGUCCAGUCUGGUCAUGCUGGGCAAGGCCAUCAAAGGUACGGUGCUCAUGUCAGCUGAGUUGGAGGGCAUGUUCAACGCGUUUCAGGAGCAGAAGGUCCCGGGUAACUGGGGGAAGGUGGCGUAUCCCUGCUUGAAGCCCUUGAACUCCUGGAUAGCAGAUUUCAUUGCCCGCAUCGACUUCUUGGUGAAGUGGCUGGUUGAGGGGCCACCACUGAGCUACUGGAUCUCAUGCUUCUUCUUUCCGCAGGGCUUCAUGACAGCGGCGCUGCAGCUGCAUGCGAGGAAAACGAAGAUCCCAAUCGACACUCUCGAAUUCUUCUCCGAGGUCACUCAGGUGCAGGAUAGCAGAACAUUGCAAGCGCAGCCCCCGAAUGGCGUGAACCUUCACGGGCUGUUCCUGCAGGGAUGCGGUUGGGAAAUGUCAAAGGGCUUGUUGAAAGAGUCUGACAAGGAUGUCGUGUUUGUGGAGAUGCCUGUCAUCCACUUGGAGCCGUUGCCGAUCACAGACAGCGCCAAGCGAGUAAUCGACGGCAAUCUCUACAUGUGUCCAAUCUACAAAACUUCCGAGCGUAAGGGAACGCUUUCCACUACUGGCCACUCCACCAACUUUGUCAAGUUUUUCCCGCUGGGCCAAGACGAAGCAGACACGGCUCACUGGAUUGCGCGAGGAGUAGCCAUGCUUUGCAUGCUUGACGACUGA